CCUCUAAAUAUUCUUUUUUCCGUUUUCGUCAAUCUCGCCCGGUCUCCAUUUUCACUAAUCUUGAAAGUUAGAACGUGGAGGGUUAACUUAUCUGAAACGUGAAGAACGUUCUGGUGAAGAAGGCCGAAAGUCGGAGAUACUAUGGACAAUCAACUUUGAAAUGCAUUUGAAGUCCCAACCAAUGCAACCAUGGAAGAUACACUUCAGGAACUAGAAUUCCUGGACUUGAGUGACCUCCCUGAGAAUGAGGUUCAAAAUUUGAAGAGUUUCAUUGUUGGACCGGCAAAGCAAGAUGGUCCUCACGAAAGUCAUUCUUUUGUGUCUGAGCAACAAACAUGUGAAUUAACUGAAGGACUGAAUCAAGUGUAUGGGGUUCCUGAGACCAUAGUCUCGUAUCACCAAAAUCAGGAGUUGGGGCCACAUGUUCCAGUAGCAUAUUCAGCUCCAAACUCGGUCCAUCCAUUGUACCAGCAGAAUGUAUGUAUCCCCUCUAUACCCCCCUACCAACCUAUAAUGAAUUACCCCAUGCAAAUGUUGCCAGGAGGUCAUCUUGUUGGAUCAACUCCCAAUUACUAUGUGAAUAAUAUUCAUAGUCCUGGUGUCCCUCACCCUGGUUCCUUUAGUCCUCCUCACCACAUUCUCAAUCCUCAGCUUUUAAAUUACCACAACCCCAAAAGGAAGAAUGGUCGUGCAAAAUAUUCACCAAGGAAGGAUGUUUCAAAUGGCCACAUUGGUGAUGUGUAUAAUAUGGUCUACCAACCACCUGGAUCAUACAUGGGGCCAUGUUUCUCUGGUGAUGUAGUACAGGCAGUCACUGGGGUGCCAAUUGUCAUGCAUCAGUCUGUACCGUCAUACGUCCCGCCUCACAGCGUCCAAGUUACUGCAGCUAACACUACUCAAAUGUAUCCAAUGGUGACGUUUGCUCCAUCGGCAAGUAAUCUACAAAUGGACUUUUUCGUUCCUUCCGUCACUGAAAUACCAAACGAAGAUAUCCCUCCAAAUAUCCCUACUCCGGUUCUUUCGCCUCGAGCACCUCUCGUACAUCCGGAGACUGUAGAGGAACCAAAAGUGGAAGUUUCACAAUCUUUGGAAACAGCUGCGCCUAUACCACCUGUCGAAACAACGCCAGUAACAGAAGAAAAGUCUCAAAACGCAGAUCCUUCCGAAGGUAAAUCAUGGGCUAGCUUGUUCAAGAAGGAUGCUCCAGUCGUUGCUGCAUCUGCAGAAAAACCAACAGCACGAGUCGAACCAUUCACUCCAUCGGGGGUUGUGGCAGCAGCGGUGGCUGAAGCUGUUUCUCGCCCAUUAGUCGACGUCAGAACUCGACGUCUGGCAGAACAUAUAACAAGUUGUGAAUUGUCGAUGAUACCCCUGGCCCUUCUUCCAAGAGGUCUAAUCAACAAGAGUAAUUGGUGUUACAUAAACGCAACACUGCAAGCCCUUAUUGCUUGUUCACCAUUCGUUCAUCUGGUCAAGUCUUUGGAGCGCUUUACUGGACGCAAGCAUGAAGAAUCAACGACUCCGAUAAUGGAUAGUGUGAUCGAAUUCAUCGACCAGUUUGAAGUUAUUCCUGUUCGCAUCGGCAAAGAACGAGCAUCUGCCAAAAAGGAGGAGCCACAUUUUGGGACAAGUUUCGAGCCUUCCUCAAUCUAUAAAAUGCUCCCUAAAAUCCGAAGUGAAACAUUCAAAGUGGAAGGUCGCCAGGAAGACGCGGAAGAAUUUCUGAGCUGUCUUCUAAAUGGGCUGCAUGAUGAAAUGAUCGAUAUCGUGAAGGCUACAAAUCUUCCUGCUGGCAAAACUCCUGUUCAGGCUGGCGAAGGCAAACCUGGUACAUCAGAUGACGAAGAUUGGCAGGUUAUUGGUCCAAAGAAUCGAGGAUGUGUAACGCACAUAACUACAUACAGCAAGACUCCAAUAUCGAACUUGUUCCUCGGUCAAAUGCGCUCUGCCCUACAUUACGCAGGAGCGCAGUCCACAGCUACUCUGCAGCCGUUCUUCAGUUUGCAACUAGACAUUCAGAAUGAAAAGGUUAAUUCCGUCCGUGACGCGUUGGCCUGUCUGGUAAGCAAAGAACCGUUGACCGGUUAUAUUUGUCCGAAGACUGGUCAAGAGGUGGAGGCUUCUCGACAGACUACUCUUGAAGAACUGCCCCCUAUUUUAAUCUUACACUUAAAGUGUUUCGUGUAUGACAAAUCUGGUGGAUGUCAAAAGCUGAUGAAGAGAGUGGACUUCUCUUCCGAUUUAGAAUUGAGUAAAGACUUCCUGUCACCAAGCCAGAAAAGUAAACUCAAAGAAAAACAGCGACAGUACAAGUUAUUUGCAGUUGUUUAUCACGAUGGAAAGGAAGCGACCAAAGGACAUUAUGUAACUGAAGUGCAUCACAGUGGGACUGGAAGUUGGCUUCGUUUUGACGAUAGCAUUGUGCGUGUUGUGGAGACUCAACCCUUUAAAUAUAAUUUGCCGAGGAUGCCGUACUUGUUACUCUACAGGAAAUUGAACGUGUAAUUUUUUUUUGCUAAUAUUGAAAAGUCGCGCGGUUUAUUUCUUGUAAUAGAUGCUGUUAAAGAAUAUCUUCGUGGUAUUCUCCAGUAUGAGAAAUGAAUCCGUCGUUUUUUUUUCUUGCAUAUUCCUGUUAUGCGAGUGUCCUUGACCUUUUAUUGUGGAUGUGGUCGGAAGUGCCCUUAGUGGUCUGAUGUUUAAUUGCUUUCAUUUGACGUUGGUUAAUGUGGUAUUUGUGUUCGAAAAUUGGAUUGAGCGUGAUAUAAUAUGAUCGGAUGAUUGUAGUCAGCAGAUUUUUAUGUGUUGUUUCAAAUGAAAUCGGUACGUUUCGUAUUUGUACUGUUUAGAAACCACCGCAUCUUCGUUUCUUGUACAAAAAUAUAAUAAACUUAACUAAAGUUAAA